AUGGAGGACAGAAGCAGCCGCACCAGCGCCAGGGAGAGGCUGGGACUGAGCUUCACUAUUGACUACCUUCUGUUCAAUAAAGGAGUCAAAGGUUCCAAAGAAGAAGCGACAGGAAGUCGUGCGGCAGAGCAGACAGCGAGCAACAUGCUAGAUCAUCAGAAUCCUAAACCCGAAGAGGUGGGGAUUCGCUCUGAGAAACAGCCGCAGAGGUCAGAGGUAGACGCUGAGGAAAGGAAAGUCAAAGAAGAGGAGGGGGAAGAAGAGCAACAAGAGGAGGGGGAGGAGGAAGUGACCACCACCACCACGUCUGUCAGCAUCGGUCCAGAGAAGUCUGCCGACAAACCCAACCAGUCGUACAUCGCUCUCAUCUCCAAGGCAAUCCUGGCGUCUGAGCAGAAGAAGCUGCUGCUGUGUGACAUCUACCAGUGGAUAAUGGACCACUACCCUUACUUCAAGAGUAAGGAUAAAAACUGGAGGAACAGUGUGCGACACAACCUGUCCCUGAACGACUGCUUCAUCAAAGUUGGCCGCAGUGACAAUGGUAAAGGCCACUUCUGGGCAAUCCACCCAUCAAACUAUCAGGACUUCUCCAACGGGGACUAUCACUGCCGGAGGGCGCGGCGGAGGGUGCGCAGGGUGGCGGGACAGCUUCCCCUACCCUCCCUGAGCUCCCCCUACCACCCAGCUCUGGCUCGCCCCCACAGAACGACCUGUUGGUGCUGUCCUCAGGCAUCUGCAUUCCCUCUGACUUGCUCAGCACCCAGACUCUUCUGGCCCUGGUCCCGUAUGCAGCCACAACUGGGGCUUCACCCGGGCCUGCAUGCCUCUUUACCCUGAGAGUAAACACUUUAUAUUUGUCAGUUAUUAUGUACUCACAAUUUUGACUUGAAUCACCAAAAUA